UUCUCAGGAUUCCUUUCCAGUCACAUCCAAAUCCACUUAGAAUCAAUUGCUCUUGAAAAAAGUAUAGGUGUUCAAUUAUUUGGCUAUGGAAUGGUUAGCCUCUCCAUAAACUAAUGCCAUAAACUAUGGUCCACAAAUUAAGUGCACAUUGCUCCCAAGUUCUUAGUUUUAGUCAUAGCAAGGACAAAAUAUUCUAAUUCACAAAACAACAAAGUUUUAUUGCCCAAAUGAACCCACCUCUUCGUUCUUCUUCCAUGUGCAUAGAACUCGGAUAAGAAUUGCGUGGUAGGAUAUUACAUGGAGAGGUAGAGAAGUUGCAGAAAAUUCCUUCCUAUCUACUAUGCAGAACCUCCCAACUUUUCUCUCUUGGAUUGAUCUUCAAUGGCAUACUACAUCUCCAGCUAUGACGAAAAUGAUCUCAGUGAGUACUAUCAAACCCCUUAUGCUUCUGCUUAUGAUUCUCUUAUGCCUCAAGGUUCAGUACCUUAUUCAAGCUAUGAGCCUGGUUUCCACAACUUAUUUGAUUAUAAUCCAACUCCUUAUUAUCGUGCUUAUGAUUCUAUGCCUAGCUGGUCAACAAUUUCAUACUCCACCACUACACAUGCUGAACCAAAAUCCAUCCUGUAUGACCCCAAUUUUUAUGGUGCUACUUUUGAUUAUCCUCAGACUCGGUUUGUAGUAUCUCACUCUGUAACUGACUAUAAUGUGCCUGAAUUUGAUGAAUAUGAUCCAAUCCCUUAUGAUGGUGGUUAUGAUAUGGAGCAAACCUAUGGCAAGCCUCUUCCACCUUCAGAGAAAACCUGCUAUCCUCGUUCGACACCAGAAAAAAAUGCCCAAUCUUUUGAUGGCGUGACCGAUGUGUCUCCCAAAUCAUUUGAUGAGAAAGAGCAAGUGGAUGAGCAAGCUGAAAAACCCCACACUGGAAGCAAUACAAUUCAGGCUGAUGAAGAAGAGCAGCACUACCAUGAGAAUGGACAUGAUAGCAACCAAGGGAAGCCUUUUCAAGGUGAGCAAAAUGUAGAUACCGGCGAUAAGUACCAGCCUUGGUCUGGGCAAGGAAGUACAAAUGAAAACGGAAAUAAUUAUGGAUAUGAUAAGCAAGCGAGUCAAUACCCCAGUGGAUCUGGUCUGGAAGCCUGGGACCUUUGUGAAAGUAUAUUUGGCUACUGGCCAUGCCUUUCUCGUUACGCCAAGAAUGCCAAUGCUUGCUGUCCACACUUUCCUCAUGAGGGAUGCCAUGGAGACCAGUGGAAAGGAACUGCAGAUUAUCUUUUCGGAAGUUCGUAUCCAUAUAGUGAAAGAAGGGAUGGAGAAGUAAAUUAUGGAGAACCUGUAUAUAGCUAUGAAAGGCAUUAUCAGGAAAAACCUCUGUAUAGGCAGGUUGAAUAUGAGGAGGACUAAGGGAUGCACAAUUUCAGGAUAUUCUGAAGGAUGUGAGAGACCUUUGUUCCCAGACCCUUUUCCAUAAAAUGCUGUUGGAUGGAGCAUAUAGGUUCAAUUCUCUGCUUUCCCUUUUCUUGGGGCUUAGAACCCAGCUCAUUGAUUACUGUAAUUUUUUUGUAUAAAAAAUUUCUCCAUUCUGAAGAUGAAAAAGGAAUUAGUUUUGCAACAAUGACAUAAUAUAUAUAAAGGCUGAAUCUGUUGUUUC